AUGAAAUUACUGAAAGGAGUGCUCUCGUCAAUAAUAUUAACGUUAUUGAUUAAACCUAUUGAAUCGCUGAUUGUAAAUACAGACGGAGAAUUAAUCUGCGAACCAAAUAACCCCACCGAUUGUUACCCCAAAAUCUUUGAACCAACUACCGAGUGGCAAACCAUUAGAGAAGGACAAGAUAUUCCCCCAGGAUUACACGUAAGGCUAAACAUGGAGAAUUUAGCGAGAGAGGCGAAAAUUUUGGAUCCAUCAGAAGAAACUGAAGGGUCUAGCGAGUUGUUGGUGAAUGCGGAACAUAACGAUAACGGUGACGAUAAUCACCAAAUGACAAACGAAGACCAGGCGAACGAAAUCCAGCAAAAGAUUAAAGAGUUUAAACAAGCACAGGGAAAAUCUAAAGUUUCGACAGCUGACUUGAAUGAUUUCCAGUCAUCGGUUGACGAAGUGCAACAUCAUCGCGAAGGAGGUGACGCAAGCAGAUUAUCGAUGGCCCUCGAUACUUUGAUUGACUUAAGUCAUGAUAUUGAAUUCGGUGUCAAAUUGACGCAAGGUUCGUCUGUUUUCCGCAGUCUUGUUGAUGUCAGUAAGUCCGUUCAAAAUGAAGAUUUACAAGAGAAAGUUUACAGAAUUAUGGGAUCAAGCUUAAGAAACAAUCCAGAUGCCGUGGACAAUGUAUUAAAAAACCAAGAUGCGACGUUUGUUGAAGGUUUGUUCGAUAAGUUGAAUACGGAUGCAUCAGAUGUGAUUAAGAAGCGUAUUUUGGGAAUAAUCCAUGCGCUUACGCAAAAUAGCCAUUUCAAUGCCAAAUACUUCAACUCCAAUAAUGCAAACUCAGCGAUCGACUCGCUCAUUUCGGUGUUUCCGUCGUUAGAAUCACAAUCCCAAACCAGAUUAAUGAACAUUUUGGAGGACCUAAAGUUGCUUGAUGGUGCGAACUCUAACGAAAAGAGGACCAUUGAAGAAUCGGCAGAUCCAAAACGUCAAUACUCACAUUUCUUGCAACAUCUGUUAGCUGAUAGCAGUGUUGCAUCGGAAGAUCAAUUCAAGUUGUAUUUCAGCAAGUUGAGUGAAGUACAUUCUCAAGACAAGUCAUUGAAGCCUUCAAAAGAAUUUAUGGAGUGGUUAUCGAAGGAAGCCGAAUUGAGAUCGAAAGGUAACAAAGAGAGAGACUCUUCAUAUACCGAAGAGGAUAGGCAGUUUGAUCAGGAUCUCUUGAGAGCUAGACAUGUCGUAUUCGGCAACCCUAUGGGAUUACGCAAGGCAUUGGCUGACGAAUUAUAA